AUGUCCGAAGAAAACCAACAAGCUCCCGUGGAAGAAGUCUCUGUUGUGCAAGAAAUGCAAGAAUCGCCAGUCGAAUCUGCCCCGGCUGGCGAAGCUCCAGCCCCAGAAUCGCAGGAAACCGCAUCUCAAGAGCUCGAACAAGCUCCUGCUCCAGUAAACGAAUACCCAGAGGAGGAACAGGGAAGAAGACCAUAUUACGAGAACUCGGCACCACAUCAAUCCCACCACAGAGGUGGCAUGGACGGUGAGCUUUCAACUACUAGACUGUUCGUCAGACCUUUUCCCUUCGAUGUGCAGGAGUCUGAGCUCAACGAAAUCUUCGCACCUUUUGGACCCAUGAAGGAGGUUAAAAUCCUGAACGGGUUUGCGUUCGUGGAAUUUGAAGAAUCCGAUUCUGCUACCAGAGCCAUCGAAGAGGUUAACGGUAAGACUUUUGCCAACCAACCUCUAGAAGUGGUUUUCUCCAAGAUUCAGCCCCCUCGUUACCGUAUGAUCCUCAAAAAUCUACCAGAGGGUGUCGCGUGGCAAGAACUUAAGGACCUGGCCCGUGAAAACAACUUGGAAACUACGUUUUCCAGUGUCAACACCAGAGAAUUCGACGGUACCGGUGCUCUAGAGUUCCCAUCAGAAGAAAUUUUGGAGGAAGCUUUGGAAAAACUAAACAACAUUGAGUUCAGAGGCUCUGUGAUCUCUGCUGAGAAGGAUGACAACCCUCCACCUAUCAGAAGAUUCAGAGGCGGUGACCGCGGUGGAUUCGGCGGCCGUGGUGGCCGUGGUGGUUUCGGUGGCCGUGGUGGUCGCGGUGGAUUCGGCGACCGUGGUGGUUUCCGUGGAGGCCGUGGUGGAUUCGGUGAUCGUGGUGGAUUCCGUGGUGGUCGCGGUGGCUUUGGUGGCCGUGGCCGUGGUGGCUACGGUGACCGUGGCGGCUUCCGUGGUGGCCGUGGUGGUUUCGGCGACCGUGGUGGGUUCCGUGGCGGCCGUGGACGUGGUGACUCCUAUGGUGCUCCAAGAGGCUCUUACGGCGCUCCAAGAGAUGAGUACAGAGGCAGAGACGGCGGCGACUUUUACGGUUCCGCUCGUGAGAGAUCCCCAACCAGACAGUGA